UCUUAUUUUUAAAUGAUGCGAACGACUUCAUGGUCUGGAAACAAAGGAAAUAUGUACCUAUAAAUAAAUAAAAUUGUAAACAAGACACUGCUGAUCACGAGCCUGUUGAGCUCUCGACCAAUCAGAGCUCUUCUUUGACGCAGCCGCAGCUUCGCUCCAACUACCAACUUGAAACUCCAGCAGCAGCUGUCUCAAGCCCUCAUUCAGGUGCAGCUUCUGCUUCACAACUCAGAAAUGCCUCGGACCAAAAAGUCGGUGAGCGGUGCCAGCGGUCCGAGUCAGCCGGGCGACCCGGAUCCGGGUGAGCCGCCACCCACGUCUCUACAGGAAGUGAUGCUGGCCGGAGGAGGAAGAGGAGGAGUGGAGCCGGAGCAGGGAGACCCGGACAUCAUCAAGUCCCCCAGUGACCCCAAGAAGUACAGGUUCAUUGAACUCGGUAACGGACUCCGGGUUCUGCUGAUCUCGGAUCAGGCGGACGAGAACGAAGAGGGUCAGCAGGAGGAGAGCGGGGAAGGUGAGGAAGAGGAGGAGGAAGAGGAUGAUGAUGAUGAUGAUGAUGAUGAGGAAGAAGAAGAAUCCAGUACCAGCUCUGAUGAAGAGGAGGAGGAGAGCGAUGAGGAAGAGGAGCCGGAGCCGAUGGAGGUGGAUGAAGAAGAUAGAAUGAAGAAGAAGAGAAAUUCAGAGAAACAGGCGGCCGCUGCUCUCUGCGUCGGCGUCGGCAGCUUCAGUGACCCCGAUGACCUCCCCGGCCUCGCCCACUUCCUGGAGCACAUGGUCUUCAUGGGAAGUGAGAAGUUCCCGGCGGAGAACGAUUUCGACUCGUUCCUGAAGCGCCACGGCGGCAGCGACAACGCGUCCACCGACUGCGAGCGGACCGUCUUCCAGUUCGACAUUCAGAGGAAGUUCUUCAGGGAGGCCCUGGACAGGUGGGCCCAGUUCUUCAUCUGUCCUCUGAUGGUCCAAGAUGCCGUGGACCGAGAGGUGGAGGCCGUGGACAGCGAGUACCAGUUGGCCCGGCCGUCUGAUUCCCAUCGUAAGGAAAUGCUGUUUGGCAGUCUGGCCCGACCCGGACAUCCCAUGGCCAAGUUCUGCUGGGGUAACGCUCAGACGUUGAAGCACGGGCCGCGGGAGAAGAGGAUCAACACCUACAAGAGGCUGCGCGAGUUCUGGAGGAGAAAUUACUCUGCUCACUACAUGACCCUGGCGGUGCAGUCCAGAGAGUCGCUGGAAACCCUGGAGGAGUGGGUGAGAGAGAUCUUCAUCCAGAUACCCAACAACGGGAAACCCCGACCCGACUUCUCGCACCUGCAGCAGCCGUUCGACACUCCAGCCUUCCACAAGCUCUACCGAGUGGUUCCGGUCCGGAAGGUCCAUGCUCUGACCAUCAGCUGGGCUUUGCCGCCGCAGGUGAAACACUACAGGUGAGUCAGACACAGCGGCGCCAUUGAAACAGGAAGUCCCGCCCUCCUGUUGCUGUUUCAGCGAGAAGAACCUUCUGCAGCAAACAGGAAGACCUCUGUCUGUCCCAUACCUUAUUUGGAAAUGG